UUAUGAAUAUUAUCAACCAGUUAUUGGCAGGAGCUAAUUGUAUACCAAUUCAUAACCAGUUUAGUAUUUAGACUCAAUUUCCAGAUGUCCAACAAUAAGAAUGCCAUUCCAUAACCAAAGGAAAAGGAUGAAUAACUUAAUUUGCUUUAAAAUACUAUUUUCUCUAAUUUAGUACAUAUACUUCUAAUAUAAUUAGCUUAUGGCAUCAUAAAUGAAAACUGUCUAGUAAUCAUAAACAUAAUAAGUUUAAGUAGUACAAAAGUCAAAAAAGAUGUAUCUAUUUGUAAAUAUCGUUUUAGAAGUAAACGUAACAAUAAUUGUGGACACCCUGAAAAAGAACAUUAUGCUAAGGGUAUGUGUAAUAAUUGUUAUCACAAAUAUGGUAGAACAAAGAAACCAUGGAUUUGUGGACACGAUAAAUUAUAUGCUUGUAAUAUUUAUUUAUUUAAUAACUAUUAGAAGGAUUAUGUUAGAAUUGUUAUAUUAACAAAUACAAUUAAAAAAGAAGAGAAUUAGGUGACAAUGAAAUUCUUAAGCAAGAAGAUCCAAAUCAAUAGUAAUUAGAAUAAUAAUAGUCAUGA